AUGGGGGUUUUGCACCAACUCUACCUCUUGCUGUGGAAGAAUGUGACCCUCAAGCGACGGAGUCCGUGGGUGCUGUCCUUUGAGAUCUUCAUCCCUUUGGUCCUCUUCUUCAUUUUGUUGGGGCUACGGCAGAAGAAACCUACCAUCCCUGUGAAGGAAGUCUCUUACUACACAGCAUCUCCACUCACCUCGGCUGGGAUUUUGCCGGUGAUGCAAUCCUUAUGUCCUGAUGGACAGCGAGACGAGUUUGGGUUCUUGCAGUACUCCAACUCCACGGUGACUCAGCUGCUGGAGCGGCUGAAUGAGGUGGUGGAGGAGAGUAACCUGUUUGAUCCAGAUCAUGCUGGGCUGGAAGAGGAGCUCGAGUCCUUGCGGCGCCACCUGGAGUCACUCAGCAGCAGCGAACCCAGUGCCAUGGAGACCCACUUCAGCAACCAGGCAGUACCUGGCUUCACACUGGACUCUGCUGCCAAGGACAAGCUUGAAUUCCACCGAUUUCUCACACGGAACCUUUCCCUGUCCAACGAGACAGCCGAGCUGCUGAUGGGGUCCAACAUUAACCUUCAAGAGGUGUACCAGCUGUUCUUUGGCACCUCUGGCUCCUCUAUGGAUGGUUUUCACGAGCCCUGGGACCGAUUUGGCACUGCCGAGAAACUGCUUCAGCUUGAGGAAAGCCUUCUGGGCAGCUUGCGGACAGUGGAGGAUGGGUUGUUGCAUCAGCCUUUGCACUAUCCCCAGAAGGGCCCCCCCAAGAAGGCCCUCUUGCACCUCCUGUCCCAUGCCUUGGGCCUCACCAACCCCCCUGCGGAGUCCUCCGCUUCCUACAGUCCUCAAGCCUUUGUGAAGGACAUGGAGAACAUCCUUUUCACGCCUUCUGUGCUGGAGAGACUCACUUGCAGGCAGAGCCAGGAUGAGCUCAAACACAUCUUGAUGGUCCCAGAAAGCCAACGCCCUGUCCUGCGAGCAUACCAGGUGGCUGUCUGCAACAAGACUGCUAGCCUGCGCAAGGACUACUUCAGCCAGCUAGCCACUGAGCUGAAGGAACAGCUAGAUGCUCGUAAGAUCAUCAAUCAGCUGAAGCUUGAUGAGGUGAACAGUACAGCUGCUCGACGUCGCCUCCAUGCUCUGCUGGAAGACCUAAUGGCGAUGGAGAAGGUCCUGAAGGACGUGGACAUCCUCUCAGCACUGGCCAAACUGCUUCCCAAGGGAGCAUGCUCCACCAAAGCUCCUCCCACUCCCUCGAACAGCACUGGCUCUGGAGGGAAUUUCACCUCCAGCACUAAUUCCAGCGCAGAGGAGGGUAAAACCGAGAGUGACCCACCCUCGGAGAACCCCCAAGGGCAGUGCUCAGCCUUUGUCCAGCUGUGGGCAGGGUUGCAGCCCAUCCUUUGCGGCAACAACCGGACCAUUGAGCCAGAGGCCUUGAAGCAGGGGAACAUGAGCUCACUGGGGUUCACCAGCAAAGAGCAGCGGAACUUAGGGCUCCUUGUUCACCUCAUGACAAGCAAUCCCAAGAUCCUCUAUGCUCCUGUUGGUACCGAGGUGGAUAAAGUCAUCCUGAAGGCAAAUGAGACUUUUGCCUUUGUCGGGAAUGUGACUCGCUAUGCCCAGGUCUGGCUGAACAUCUCGGCAGAGAUCCGUAGCUUCCUGGAGGAGGGCAGACUCCAGCAGCGGAUACGCUGGUUGCAGCAGGUUUCUGCAGAUCUCAACAAACACCCCGAAAUCCUGAAUGUUUCAGACAGUGACCUGCUCCAAAGCUUCCUGGACAGCAACUUCUCCUUGCCCAACACCAGUGCUCUUCUGCAGCAGCUGGACACCAUUGAUAAUGCUGCUUGUGGCUGGAUCCAAUUCAUGUCCAAGGUCAGCGUGGAUAUUUUCAAGGGUUUUCCAGAUGAGGAGAGCAUUGUCAACUACACACUGAACCAAGCCUACCAAGAUAACGUCACAGUGUUUGCAAGUGUGAUCUUCCAAACCAACAAAGAUGGUACCCUCCCUCCCCACGUCAUGUACAAGAUCCGGCAAAAUUCUAGCUUUACAGAAAAGACCAAUGAGAUCCGCCGGGCUUAUUGGCGGCCGGGCCCAAACACCGGGGGCCGCUUCUACUUCCUCUAUGGAUUUGUCUGGAUCCAGGAUAUGAUGGACCGAGCCAUCAUCAACACCUUUGUAGGACAUGACGUGGUGGAACCCGGCAACUAUGUGCAGAUGUUUCCAUAUCCAUGCUACACCCGGGAUGACUUCCUAUUUGUCAUUGAGCACAUGAUGCCCCUCUGCAUGGUCAUUUCUUGGGUCUAUUCGGUGGCAAUGAUGAUCCAGCACAUUGUGGCAGAGAAGGAGCACCGCUUGAAAGAGGUGAUGAAAAUGAUGGGUCUCAACAAUGCUGUGCACUGGGUGGCCUGGUUCAUCACGGGUUUUGUCCAGCUCUCCAUCUCGGUCACGGCGCUCACUGCCAUCCUCAAGUAUGGAAAGGUCCUGAUGCACAGCGAUGUCUUCAUCAUUUGGCUCUUCCUUGCCAUCUACGCAGUGGCCACCAUCAUGUUUUGUUUCCUGGUGUCCGUGCUCUAUUCCAAAGCCAAGCUGGCCUCUGCCUGUGGAGGCAUCAUCUACUUCCUCAGCUAUGUCCCUUACAUGUACGUUGCCAUCCGGGAGGAAGUGGCCCAUGACAAGAUCACAGCCUUUGAGAAGUGCAUAGCUUCCCUCAUGUCCACCACAGCCUUUGGGCUGGGCUCCAAGUACUUUGCCUUGUACGAGGUGGCAGGCGUGGGCAUUCAGUGGCACACCUUCAGCCAGUCGCCUGUGGAGGGGGAUGACUUCAACCUUCUCCUAUCAAUGAUGAUGUUGAUUAUUGAUGCUGUGGUCUACGGGAUACUGACUUGGUACAUCGAGGCUGUGCAUCCAGGAAUGUAUGGCCUUCCCCGGCCCUGGUACUUCCCGUUCCAGAAAUCCUACUGGCUGGGGAACGGGCGCACCGAGACCUGGGAGUGGACUUGGCCCUGGUCACGUACCACCCGCUUGAGUGUCAUGGAAGAAGAUCAAGCUUGUGCCAUGGAGAACAGGAGGCUGGAGGAGACUCGUGGCAUUGAGGAGGAGCCAACCCACCUUCCUCUGGUUGUUUGUGUGGACAAACUGACCAAAAUCUACAAGACAGACAAAAAAUUGGCCCUGAACAAGUUGAGCCUCAACCUGUAUGAGAACCAGGUGGUGUCAUUCCUGGGCCACAAUGGAGCUGGCAAGACCACAACCAUGUCCAUCCUUACAGGACUCUUUCCACCAACCUCUGGCUCUGCUACCAUUUAUGGCCAUGACAUCCGGACAGAGAUGGAUGAGAUCCGCAAGAACCUGGGCAUGUGCCCCCAACACAAUGUCCUUUUUGACAAAUUGACUGUGGAGGAGCACCUGUGGUUCUACUCGCAGCUGAAGGGCAUGGCAGAAGAGGAGAUACGCAAGGAGAUGGAUAAGAUGAUUGAGGACCUGGAGCUGACCCAUAAGUGCCACUCACUGGUGCAGACACUUUCAGGAGGGAUGAAGCGGAAGCUGUCAGUGGCCAUCGCCUUUGUUGGGGGAUCGCGGGCAGUCAUCCUGGACGAACCUACGGCUGGUGUGGACCCUUAUGCAAGGAGAGCCAUCUGGGACCUCAUCCUCAAAUACAAACAAGGGAGGACCAUCCUGCUCUCUACGCACCACAUGGAUGAGGCUGACCUCCUUGGGGAUCGCAUUGCUAUUAUCUCACAUGGGAAGCUGAAGUGCUGUGGCUCACCCCUCUUCCUGAAGAGCACUUAUGGUGAUGGAUACAAACUCACUGUGGUCAAGAAGCAGUCUGACUCCCGAACCAAUGCAGACUCUGGGCAGACCCAUAGCCCCCUAUCCCACUCUUCCAUUAGCCCCUGCUCUGAGGUACGGGUCACGCAGUUCAUCAAGAAAUAUGUGGCUUCGUGCCUCCUCAUCUCUGACACCAACACAGAACUGUCCUACAUUCUACCCAGUGAUGCUGUCAAGAAGGGCUGUUUUGAGAGGCUUUUUCAGCACUUGGAGCACAGCUUGGAUGAUCUGGACCUGACCAGUUUUGGGCUGAUGGACACCACUCUGGAGGAAGUCUUUCUUAAAGUCUCAGAGGAAGAUCAGUCACUGGAGAACAGUGACGUGGAUGUGAAAGAGUCCAAGAAAGAUGCUCUUCUCCUGCCUCUCCCCCAGCUGGGCCCAAAGCCUGAGGCCAAUGGAGAGCCUCAUUCGGGUGCAGAAAUGCUCGAGAAGCCAGAGACGGACCGCAGCAGCCUGUUGGCCUGCUCCCAGCUGGCCCAGUCUCAGACGUCACUGUGCUCGGCUUCCUCAGCGGGCUCCGUGCGAGGCGAUGAAGGUGGGGCUUAUUCGGAGUUCUAUGGGGAUUAUUCUCCGUUGUUUGAUAACCCACAAGACCCUGAUAACGUCAGUUUGCAAGAGGCCGACUCAGAGGAGCUUGAGCUGUCUGGACAGGGGAGCUUCAAGCUAGAGGGCUCUUGGCUGAAGUUGCGCCAGUUCCACGGGCUGAUUGUCAAGCGCUUCCACUGUGCCAAGCGCAACACCAAAGCCCUCUUCUCCCAGAUCCUGCUGCCAGCUUUCUUUGUCUGCGUGGCUAUGACAGUGGCCCUUUCCGUGCCUGAGAUAGGAGACCUGCCUCCCCUUGUUCUCUCACCAUCCCAGUAUCACAACUAUACCCAGCCCAAAGGCAACUUCAUCCCGUAUGCCAAUGAAGAGCGGCAUGAAUAUCGGCUAAAACUGUCACCUGAUGCCAGCCCCCAACAGAUGGUUGGGACUUUUCACCUGCCCUCAGGGGUGGGUGCCACCUGCGUGCUCAAGACGGCUUUCAACAGCACCUUAGACCAGCUGGUCCAGACUUUGAACCUGAACAGCAAUGAAUCAAAGAUGUUGGCGGCCAAGUAUUUUGACGCAAUGUGUGUGGACUCCUUCACCCAGGGCUUGCCCCUCUCCAACUUCGUGCCACCACCCCCAUCCCCAGCACCCUCUGACUACCCUUUCUCCCUGGACGAGGACUUGCUGCGGGCCUGGAAUUCUACCACCUACCCCUCCACCGUCAAAGAAACGGUCACCUCUGCUCCAUCCCUGCCCCACAUUAUCCAUGAACCCAUGAAGUGUACUUGCUCCAUGCAGGGCACCGGCUUCUCUUGCCCAAGUGGAGUUGGGGGCCACCCACCACAGAUGAAAGUGGUGACGGGAGACAUCUUGGUGGACAUCACAGGGCGCAACGUCUCCGAGUACUUGCUCUAUACAUCAGACCGCUUCCGGUUGCACAGGUAUGGUGCAAUGACGUUUGGCAAUAUCCAGAAGUCCAUUCCAGCAUCCUUUGGGGCCAAAGCUCCUCCCAUGGUACGGAAGAUUGCAGUCCGGCGAACGGCCCAGGUUUACUACAACAACAAGGGAUACCACAGUAUGCCUACCUUCCUGAACACCCUCAACAAUGCCAUCCUUCGUGCCAACCUACCCAAAAGCAGGGGGAACCCAGCUGCCUAUGGUAUCACCCUGACCAACCACCCGAUGAAUAAGACCAGUGCCAGUCUCUCUUUGGAUUACCUCCUCCAGGGUACUGAUGUGGUCAUCGCCAUCUUCAUCAUCGUGGCCAUGUCCUUUGUGCCGGCUAGCUUUGUGGUCUUCCUGGUGGCAGAAAAGUCCACCAAAGCCAAGCACCUCCAGUUUGUGAGCGGCUGCGACCCAGUUAUCUACUGGCUGGCCAAUUACGUCUGGGACAUGUUGAACUACCUGGUUCCAGCUACUUGUUGCAUCAUCAUCCUCUUUGUGUUUGACCUGCCGGCAUACACCUCUCCAACCAACUUUCCAGCUGUGCUUUCUCUCUUCCUGCUGUAUGGCUGGUCCAUCACGCCCAUCAUGUACCCGGCUUCCUUCUGGUUUGAGGUGCCUAGCUCAGCUUAUGUCUUCCUGAUUGUCAUCAACUUGUUCAUUGGCAUCACAGCCACUGUGGCCACCUUCCUGCUGCAGCUCUUUGAGCACGACAAGGACCUAAAGGUGGUGAAUAGUUACCUAAAGAGCUGUUUCCUGAUCUUUCCCAAUUAUAACCUGGGUCACGGGCUGAUGGAGAUGGCCUACAAUGAGUACAUCAAUGAGUACUAUGCCAAGAUUGGACAGUUUGACAAAAUGAAGUCACCCUUUGAAUGGGAUAUUGUCACACGAGGUUUGGUUGCCAUGACGAUCGAAGGCUUUGUGGGCUUUUUCAUCACUAUCAUGUGCCAGUAUAAUUUCUUCCGGAAACCACAGCGUCUUCCUGUGUCCACCAAGCCCAUUGAGGAUGACGUGGAUGUUGCGAAGGAGCGGCAUCGUGUGUUGCGUGGAGAUGCUGACAAUGACAUGCUCAAAAUUGAGAACCUUACUAAGGUGUACAAGUCCCGCAAAAUUGGGCGUAUACUCGCUGUGGACCGCCUGUGCGUGGGCGUAAGACCAGGGGAGUGCUUUGGCCUGCUGGGUGUCAACGGGGCUGGGAAGACAACCACCUUCAAGAUGCUGACAGGGGACGAGAGCACAACUGGUGGGGAGGCCUUUGUCAAUGGGCACAGCAUCUUAAAGGAGCUUCUCCAGGUGCAACAGAGCUUGGGCUACUGUCCACAAUUUGAUGCACUUUUUGAUGAGUUGACUGCGCAAGAGCACCUGGAGCUGUAUACCCGGCUGCGUGGCAUCCCCUGGAAGGAUGAGGAACGGGUAGUAAAAUGGGCACUGAAGAAGCUGGAACUAACCAAAUAUGCAAACAAACCUGCCAGCACCUACAGCGGUGGCAACAAGAGGAAGCUGUCCACAGCCAUUGCCCUCAUUGGCUAUCCAGCCUUCAUUUUCCUGGAUGAGCCAACUACUGGUAUGGACCCAAAAGCUAGGCGUUUCCUCUGGAACCUCAUCUUGGACAUCAUCAAAACUGGCCGUUCGGUGGUGCUGACAUCGCACAGCAUGGAAGAAUGUGAGGCCCUCUGCACUCGUCUGGCGAUCAUGGUGAACGGGCGCCUGAAGUGUCUUGGCAGCAUUCAGCACCUGAAAAACAGGUUUGGGGAUGGAUACAUGAUCACAGUUCGGACCAAAUCCAGCCUGAACGUCAAGGAGGUGGUGCGAUUCUUCAACAGGAACUUCCCAGAGGCUAUCCUCAAGGAAAGGCAUCACACCAAGGUGCAGUACCAGCUCAAGUCCGAGCAGAUCUCCCUAGCCCAAGUGUUCAGCAAGAUGGAGCAGGUGGUGGACAUCUUAGGCAUUGAAGAUUAUUCCGUCAGCCAAACCACGCUAGACAACGUAUUUGUGAACUUUGCCAAGAAGCAGAGCGAUAAUCUGGAACAGCAGGAGACCAGCCCAGCUUGUUCAGUGGAAUCUCCAUUGCAACGCUUGUUGAACCUCUUGCGGCCCCGGGCAGCCCCAACUGAACUGCGGGCCCUGGUGGUGGAGGAGCCUGAGGACCUGGAAACAGAUGAUGAGGGAUUGAUCAGCUUCGAGGACGAGCGGGCUCAGCUCUCCUUCAAUACCGACACACUUUGCUGAAAAAUGGAGGGGGAUGCAGCCCCCCUCCUGGCUUUAAACCACAGACUCCCACCUGGCACCCGCUUUCCUUGCCCCUCGCCUGACCCUCCUUUGAGCGAUAGCCGCCCCUGUUAAGCGAGGUGGCGGGAGGCGAGGGGUGUCUCUUGAAGCCUUGCCAGUGAGGCCUCCGCAAGCAUCUGACUUCAGAGACCGUCCCGGAGGGUGCUGACCUAUUACCAGCAAGUCCCACGAAAGAGGAGCUGGCCUGGAAAAGAGCAGCCACACUUACGGGGAGCAGAGAUGGCUGUUAGCGGCACGAUCUCCAGCAGCAGACCAAAAUGGGUGGAACUGUGUGCCCCCUCCUCCUUAAUGCAACCCUCUUGGUUCCUUGAAGGGCCACUGGCCUGGCUUAGGGGCAGAAGGUGCUAACGCAGGAGCCUUGUAGGCACCACAGCGGGGACAGAGGAGCAAGUGCGUUCCUGACUCUGACGGUUGUCUCUUGGCUGCUAUUGAAUGCUUCUGCAAGAGGAGACGCUGCCUCUGGCCCCCUCCCCCCCUUCCAGCUGGGGGAGAGUUGAACCCUUUUCUACUGUGUUGACUUGACUCUCUGGCUUGGCUGCUUUGGCACUGCUUUUCUGGGUGGCUCUUGCACAGUCUUCCCCGGAGUUUGGAAAGGGAAGAUGCCGACUGACUGACUUGACUUUGCACCCAGGGAUCGGCUGGAGGUUUUAUUUCCUAAAGGGGACAGAUGAUUCCUUGAAGUGGACGUGUGAAGGAGAACGUCCAGCAUGCUCCCUAAUAUGGCACGUGUGGGGAUGCAGGCUCCCUCUUUCUCACUACGGUACAAAGUUAAGGGCCAAAAGGGAUCAGUACAACCAUCUGCUUUUUGCAGACCUGGAAAAUGCCCCUGAACUUACCGGACUUCUUUGCUUGUGCUAAAACAAGUGUAUUUGUGAGUGUGUGCGAGUGUGUGUUCUUUCCUUCCCUCUCUGUCUCUGCUCCCUGUACCCCAACCAAGGGUCCCUGAGCUGUUUUUAAACUUAACUGAUCAUGAAAUGCUGCUGUUAUGGAAAAAAUAAAAUAAACUAAUGCUUCUAGCCCUCAUGGCUGUGAAAACACCAACAGUGUAUCUGCUUUAAAGGCUUAGAAAGGAGGCGCAAUCGGAGCAAGGUUUUGCAGAGCUGAGGGUGGACAAGGGAAGGGUCAUUCGCUCAGUCUGGCCUGCAUUCUGUUUUGGAAACGGGCUUCACAGGAGGCAUCAGGGUGAGCCUAGGACUCCCUUUGGAGCGACAUAUUACAGCAAUAAUCAAGGGCAGGCUGGAGAUUGGCAGCCAGGCCUGGGCUUGAAGGAGUGUCUAAGGUUGAGCUACCCAAGGUCAACAGGAGAUGUUUCUGCCAGCAAUGUGUUUGAUCUGGCAGGAUCUGUUUUUCAGGUCCUUAGAAUUUAAAGCUGGAUGUUCCACUUCAGGGAUCAGGUCCAAGCACCUUUCUUAGCGGGCUUGGGGAUUUUUCUUCAUCCAAAUGCCUGUGCUGUCUGAAGGUGCCGCUCCCCGUGACAGGGAAGCUUGCCCCUAGUUCCCUGGAGUUCAAAGUUCUGUUAAGAGUGACUGGCCAGAUGCUGUUGGGAAACUCAGUGCAAGGGCAAGAUGGGAGACAGCAGGGCGCUACGAUCAGUCUCCAACAUCUGAUAUUCAGAAGUAAACUACCUCUGAACGCAGAGGCUUUAGUUUGAGCUAUUGUAGCUGCUAGUGUAGAACUACUUCUCCUCCUCCAGUAGAGUUGGUCCACUGUUUCGCAGGCCACUGAUACCCUGAUCCAUUGCCAUGUUUCAAAGGUGCUGAAUCAUCUCUGGAGAAAUAUUACAGGCAUUUGUUAGUGGCAGGGAUGGGUACAGCUGCAGCAGAGUCUUUGAGGUAAGAUCAGCUCUUUUUGGCCUAGGUGGUGCUUUAGGAGGAAAUCUGCCCCUCUCCUGGGCAGAACUUGGGCAGAUUCAUGUUUUUAUCUUUUUUGGACCAGAAGUAGAAAAGUACCGACCAAAGAAGAUUUGAUAAUGAAAAUAUUGGAGGUUGCAGAAAUGGACUGUUUAACGCAGAAAGUUAGCGGAAAGAUGAAUACUGUAUUUCAGAACGUGUGGUCACCGUUUUAUAAGUGGUUGAAUAAGUAAGAAAGGGAAUUUUACUUUAAAUGGUUGACGGGUCGGAGAUCUGUAGUGGUGUUGGGAAGGGAGACUGUGGGUGAUGGGAUGAGAGUGAAUGUAUGUUUGUCUGGAAAAAUAAAGAUCUAUAAUUAAAAAAAAAAAAAAAAAGAAAAGGCAGAGAGCCAUGCAUCCGGCACGAUCAAACUCAAAUAGCACCUAUGUCUUUAAAUGCAGAAAAGGGAAUACAGAGAAGACUGGGCACUUGCUGCUUGUUUUAGAUGGUUUCUCUGACCUGCCACAGACAUGGAGUCAAUGGCCUGAUCCUUUCCUGGUCACUGCCAUCCAUGAGCAUAGCAGGGAAACAGGCACCAUUUGAAAAAAAGUGUGCCCUUUGCAACUGAUGGCACACUGAUAGGUGUUCUGCAGUUUUCAGUUCCAGUUCUUGUUGCAAGUGUGUUACAAAUGCAGAUUGCCUCUUUAGGAUAUGGUCGAAACUAACCCUCCCAGUGAAUACUAAAAUUCUCAAACUGUGUACCCUAAGAAGCCUGCUGGCAUACAGUGGGAGACCAGCCUCACAGGAGUCUUUAAUCGACAGGGGAGGUUUCUUGCUGUAUCUCUGCGUAGUCUGCGGCUGGGCCCUUAUUCCUUUCCAGUCAGUCUUCACUAGGUGGAUUGGAAAUUCUGGCACGCCACUGCCUCCGAUGGGAUCGGAUUGUUUGGUUGCUGCCUGUGCGGACACACAGCAGGAUUCUGUACCCUCUGAAGAGGCUACGAAGUGUUCCUCUGUGUGAGUUGCAGCUCUGCCUGUCUACUUCCAAUCAGGAACCACACCUAAGAAGGAGAGGGGUUCCUCUUCAAGGGGGGAGUUUUAAAAAGUUUUCUGGAUUCUGGGAAGUAAAUCUUUUCAAGCAUAAGUCCUAAAGUAUGCUUUUUCAGUGAAGGUGGCUGGGAGUCAGGUCUCAUCAAUUUGAAGAGCACUGGGAUAGAUUCAUAAGGGCUUUGCUGAACAUUUGUCUAAGGUACUUUAAGGCAUCUUAUAUUUAUCUCUUUUCCCUUCCCCUUUUUUGUAGUUUGCUUCUGUCUCUCUAGAUGGAUUUUUGGACCCCUUGCCUGUCUGUCCCUUGCUCAUUAUCUACAGUUGUGUGCUUCUCUUCCCUCCACCUCAUCCAUUUCAGGGCCCCUCUUGCUUUCCUGCCUUCACCUCUUUGCGGCUCCUUGCCAGACAGCUCCCUGUCCUGCAAGAUGUUGUGCCAAAUGAGAUGCUUAGCACGGGCUGUGCAGACUUACAAAAUGUGUG